UUUUCGCGGGAAUUUUCGUAAAGAGGUGGGCUUUACUAGCGAUUUAGCCGCCCAUCGGACUCAUUCUGUGUUCCGUUUUAGUGCAGUGAAGGUUGGCUAUUGCCUCCGCUCGAGAUUUAUAUAAAACUAGUUGAAGUGAUCCUUUUUUCAUCAUAUCCUAUAACUCCCGAAACAGUUCUUGCAAAAAAAAAAUGUCGCGUAUCGGGGAAAACAUUUUAGAAAAGGAGAACAUUGCCGAACAAAUGGAAAAAGUUUCCAUCAAGAAUGUACGAAAAGUGCUAACAGAAAGUGGAGCAAACGUGUCGUCUCCCAUUAUGGAUCAUCAACAAGAGAAGGUCCAAUCCAGCGAUUCCAAGGAAAUGACGGCCGUUCAGAAGGUUGGGCAAACACCUUUCGAUCCGUCGAUUGAGCCUCUACUGAAAGAGAAUCCUCGACGCUUCGUCAUCUUUCCGAUCCAAUACCAUGAUAUUUGGCAAAUGUAUAAGAAAGCCGAAGCGUCUUUCUGGACCGUCGAAGAAGUUGACCUCUCGAAGGAUUUAGCUGACUGGGGAAAACUGAAGUCUGGAGAGAAGCAUUUCAUUUCCCACGUAUUGGCCUUCUUCGCUGCUUCCGAUGGUAUUGUUAAUGAGAACUUGGUUGAGCGCUUUAGUCAAGAGGUUCAGGUGACCGAAGCUCGCUGUUUCUACGGAUUCCAGAUUGCGAUGGAAAAUGUUCACAGCGAGAUGUAUUCACUGCUGAUUGAUACUUACAUAAGGGAUUCUAAAGAAAGAGAUUACCUCUUCAACGCUAUCGAAACGCUACCGUGUGUGAAGAAAAAGGCGGAUUGGGCAUUAAAUUGGAUCUCCAGUAAACGUGCUAACUUCGGAGAACGCAUUGUGGCUUUUGCAGCAGUUGAGGGAAUAUUCUUCAGUGGUAGCUUUGCUGCUAUCUUUUGGCUGAAAAAGCGGGGUCUGAUGCCUGGACUUACUUUCUCCAACGAGCUGAUAUCUCGCGACGAAGGCCUCCAUACCGAUUUUGCUUGCUUAAUGUUUAAAUAUCUGGUUCAAAAGCCGUCCCAAGAACGGGUUAUUGAAAUAAUUCGGGAAGCUGUUGUAAUUGAGCAAGAAUUUUUGACGAAAGCUCUUCCAGUAGAUCUAUUGGGUAUGAACUGUGAACUGAUGUCCCAAUAUAUAGAAUUUGUAGCCGAUCGAUUGCUUAUGGAGUUGGGCAUUGACAAGAUAUACAAUACUAAAAACCCUUUCAGCUUUAUGGAGUUCAUCUCGCUGGAAGGUAAGACUAAUUUCUUCGAGAAGAAGGUAGGAGAGUAUCAAAAAUGGGGAGUGAUGGCCAACCGUCUUGACAACGUGUUCACAUUAGACGCUGAUUUCUGAGGCUUAGCGAGGUACCGCUUGAAACGUUAAGGAUAUAAACGUGAGACGUGUUUAGUGUUCAAGAUUAAACAUAAACAUAAUCUUUUAUCCUGUGACCGCUUCAUUUCUUAGUGACGCUUCGCAAGAUCAAUUGCACAAAUAUAUAUUUAUAGGCUCCAAUAAGCGAGCACGUGAUGUGGUUUUGUUUGUGAGAAUAAUUGCGGAGCAAUAGUGUAUAACUGUUUAUUUUAUAGCUGAGAAUCAUAGAACUCCAUUACUAAGAGAAGAUUAAUGUAUACACUUAGAUCGAGUAAGACUUUUUUCAGUGACCUUUUUUGACGACGGUAACUCACAUUUACCGAUCAGAAUGUUAAUCUGAAGCAAUAGGUACGCAAAACAUAGCUUGUUUAGGGAAGAGUAAUCUUAGACCAUUAUAACAAAACCAUCCCGUAGCAUUAUUAUUAUUCGAGCUUACUUUGUAAACUAUAUUUUACGGAUUCGGAUCUCUAAAAUUUGUAAAUAACUUACAAUAAAUCAACUCGUAAACGAA